UAUAACAGCCGCACACGUCGAUAAGGGCCGAUACCACAAAUGCAACAUUGAAACAGUAUCCUUGUUCAACACAAUCGGAUCCCUGUACAAUGGAAACGAACGCAGUAAUACCAGCGCCCGUGUUAAACACUGAAGUGUGUAUUAUACAUGUAUUUAUCUUGAGAAAAUCGAUUGAACUGAUUGGGUUGAUAUCGUCAUAUUCAUGAGUUUUUAACAGCCGUGCAUAUAAAUUAUAUGACCAAGAUAGUACUAUCAGAAAUUACCGAUGGAUAGUAUUUGAAAUCAACAACCUUUCUUAUGAAAAAAGAUGUAGUUGACACUUAUUUCCAACGUAUCGUUCAUAAAAUGGAAGCUUUUGUUCCUCCGGUUUGCAUUGAACAAUUGAAAAAUUUAAUGGUUAUUAAUUGAUAUAUGUUUUCUGUUAUUCCUAAAGUUUUUAAAUAAUACCGUGUAAUGUUCAAGGUUUUGAGCUCGUUUGAACAACUUUAAAUCCGUCAAGCUUUUUAUUGACCAGAUCAAGACAUUGAUCGAAUUGUAAUAAUUGAUAAGUGAUAAGUGUGUAUAUAUGUUCGUCAUGUCUACUAAAUGUGAGUAUGAUAUACUGUAUGGAAUGUGGUUAUUUGAUAAAAAUAAGGGACCACAUACUAUGAUAUCUUUUCUCCUCUGCUGGUUUCACGUGUUAGUAUUUAUACUGCCGUUUCUUGUUCGGAUAAUACAGCAGCCACAACCACAUACAAAUGUAGAACAACAGCAAAACAACAACGAAUUACAUCAGUCACAUAACAGUGUAGAACAGCAGCAAAAUAACAACGAAGUACAUCAGCCACAUAGCAGUGAAGUACAGCAGCAAAACAACAAUAAAGUACAUCAGUCACAUAGCAGUGUAGUACAGCAGCAAAGCAACAACGAAGUACAUCAGCCAAAUAACAGUGUAAUACAGCAGCAAAACAACAAUGAAGUACAUCAGCCACAUAACAUUGUAGUACAGCAGCAAAACAACAACGCUGUACAUCAGCCGCAUAACAGUGUAGUACAGCAGCAAUACAACAAUGAAGUACAUAAGCCACAUAACAAUGUAGCACAACAGCAAAAUAACAAAGAAGAACAUCAGCCACAUAGCAGUGUAGUACAUCAGCAAAGCAACAAAGACGUACAUAAGCCACAUACAAACGUAAUACAUCAGCCACACAUCAAUGUAGCACAGGAGCCAGAUGCCAACGUAUUACAGCAACCACAUACCGAUGUAGCCGCUCAAAAGGAACCACCAGACUACACCUUGGCUUCCAUUGCCGCUUGUCUUUGCUGUUUCUGGCCUACCGGGCUCAUGGCUAUUUACUUCUCAAUGAAGGCCAGGGCAGAGUUGCGGGCGGCUAACUACACAGAGGCACACGCGUUUUCAAACAACGCCAGAACAUUUGUAGUUAUCAGCGCCAUACUUGCAGUGGUUUGGAUAAUUGCAGUAGUUGUGACGUCCACUAUAAAAUGAUUGUGUGCUAUUGUUGCACAAACAAUAAUAUGUUACUGAGUGAACUACAAAAUAUGAGAAACCUUACAGGCGUUUAGAGUAACUUCGCCAUAUGUCAAGUGUCCAUUGUUUAGUUGCGACAUGAGCGUAUCGUCACAACGGAUAUUAACGCUUGCUUUGAAUGGAAUAUAAGUGGGAUGUAAUAAGAUGUAAUAAGAUGAGAGUUGUUUACCGUUCGCCAUUAAUAAGAUGUAGAGAUAUAGUGUCAAUAUAAACUCAUUCGUAUUGUUGUAAAAUGCCGGAGCUCGUGACUGUGACAUUCGAACAUAAGUUGCUAAAGUUGAUCGACAAGUGCGUUAUAAUAAAGCAUUAUAAUUAUAUAUGUCGUAUUCAAAUGCAUUUACUUAUUCUUUAUUUGUCUUUGUUAAGUAAAUACAAUAAGAAAGUCAUGCUGUGUAUUAAAUCCAACGCAUAUAAAUACGGAAUGCUUAAAAAAUGACUUUUUUUAAUGCUAUGAUGAUCAGAUAAGUAACGGAAAAUUAACAUAUCUUUCUAUACAUCCAAUAUUAUAUACAACUUUGUUUUAAUGAUUGUGUUCCUAUAGGUUUCUUACGACCAAUCUAAUUGGUAUCAGCACUCUGUAAAAUUAACAUUUGUUUCAUUUAAUAAAUUUGUUUCCGGGUAUA